CCCGUGGGGCCCUAUUUUGCUUUUAAUUUGAAAAUCCUCCUCUUCCUUUCCUUUUCCCCGCCCAGCCUCUUUCUCUUUCCUGCCGGUAUAAAAUCACACUCUAGGCCUGGUGUCUUGGGUGCCAAGCGGACGGUGGGCCCGGCGAACUGAACCUGCAAAAUCUCUGAGGUAUUUAAAGGGUCACUUAUAAAAGGAAGAAUCAACAAUCCUUUUGAAUGAUUAAUUGGAAUUCUUCAAAAUGUCAGUCCACACAGUCCCUGAGCAACCUGCAGGUGAAAUGGAGAAUCAAAUAAAAUCACCUGACCCAGGGCCUGGUGCCCCACCUGAGUACAAUUCCCAUUUUGUACCAGGGCCCCCUGGACCAGCUGCCCCUCUACCUCCAUGCUACCCCGGAGGCUUGCCUAUGGGAUACUACAGUCCACAUCAGCCCAGUACCUUCCCCUUGUACCUGCCAACUGGUGGUCGUCAUCCUAUCCAGUACCAGCCUGGAAAAUAUCCUGCUCCGCAGCAUUCCGUGCCAGUAGUAUGGAUGCCAAUGCCAACUCUCAUGCUAAACUGUCCACCAGGCCUGGAAUACUUAGCUCAGUUGGACAACAUACACGUUCUUCAGCAUUUUGAACCCCUGGAAAUAAUAACAGGUUUUGAAACUAAUAAUAGAUAUGAUAUUAAAAACAACCUGGACCAGAUGGUUUACUUUGUGAAUGAAGACACAGAUGACUACACCAGGAAUGCAUAUCGGACACUGAGGCCCUUCGUGCUCCGGGUCACUGACUUUAUGGGCCGAGAAAUCAUGACAAUGCAGAGACCUUUUAGAUGCAGCUGCUGCUGCUUCUGUUGCCCUUCCACCAGACAAGAGCUGGAGGUACAGUGUCCUCCUGGCGUCACCAUUGGCUUUGUUGCCGAACACUGGAACCUGUGCAGGGCAGUUUACAGCAUCCAGAACGAGAGGAAAGAAGAUAUGAUGGGAGUGUAUGGGCCAUGCUCAACCUAUGGAUGUGGCUCAGAUUCUGUUUUUGAGGUCAUAUCCCUUGAUGGUGUAUCCAGUAUUGGCAGCAUUACUCGGAAAUGGAAUGGUGUAUUAUCAGCAAUGAGCGAUGCUGACCACUUUGAAAUUCACUUCCCCAUAGACCUAGACGUGAAAAUGAAAGCCAUGAUUUUUGGAGCUUGCUUCCUCAUUGACUUCAUGUAUUUUGAAAGCUCUCCACCACAACGUUCAUCCCAUUCAUCCUGAUUGAUGGACACUGCAAGUCAGAAGUUAUGAUUAAAUUAAAAAAAAAAUUAGAAAAGUUGAUUAGGCUUACAGUCAACCUUCAGUUAUUUGCAAAUAUGUUUAUCUGUUCUUGCAGGUUAUUGUUAUUGUGUGUUAGCUUUGACAGGUAGGCUGAGAGUGUAAUAACAAUUUAAACGUGUUUCAGUUGAGUAUCUGUCUACAUGUCUACUUGGUAGACUAGGAGUUUAUCCUGCAAAAGCUAUGAUUCAUUAGUGAAGUAAACAUACACAAUGAGCUUGAAAACACUUUAAUAUGAGAUAAAGGAAAAUGAAACCCAAAGUCUCACAUUAAUUGAUAGUAAAAUGGUGGGCCUUUAGAACCAUCUUUGUCAAGAUACAGUAAUAAUAGCUUCCAUCUCUAACCCUCUCCUCUCCAUCAGCAUGUCUGGUUACUGAAGAAAAUAUGAUACCAGGUGAAGAGAAUGAUAGGCUUCGUUGUUAAGAACAGAAAGGAAAGCAGGCAGAAAUACCAUGUUUUAUUGCACAAGGAAUAUUUUACUUGUGCACACAUGUCAAAACUUCAUUUUGCAAAGUUUAUAAAAGGUUCAAUGGAAAUGUUUAUUUUCUUACAAAGUAAAACCUGUUUUUUAUAUCAGAAGGUUAUAUUUUCCAUGCCUAUUUCCUCAUUUACCAACAUAGACAAUCAGGUACCACCUCUGUAUGAACAUAGGGUCAGACAAUCAGGAAAAGAGGUGACCAGAGUCAUAACCAAUCUAGAUCUCUGAGAAAUCAGGAGCUACACGUGCCCUUAUGAGAAGCUUGCAUUUAGCGUUUCUUGGUCAUAGAGGCCUUCCAUAUAAAAUAUGUUUGGUCAGAUCUCUAGGAUUGCCUGUUGAACCUUUGUAAAUAUUUGAUACAA